AAACGGAUACAAAAUAAAGAAUGCAUAAAUUUUAAGGACGAAGUAAAAGCAAGCAUAAAAUGUAGGAAUGAACUGCGAAAUUACUUAUCACUGAUGUCUGAAAAGUAUUUUCACAAGGACAAGCUGUUGUCUGACAGUGACAUGGAACAUUUCGAUCUUCUAUUCUGUCCAAAUAUGAAUGCACAUAUUAUGAAUUAUCAUUUUCUCAAGGAUGAGCUGAUAUAUUUAAUUACAAUAUCUCCAUUAUUACCUGACUGUAACUUGACAUAUAAGUAUUAUAGCAAAAAACUUCUUCCACAUCUACAACAGCGUCAUCUAAAGGACAUAUGGCAGGAAUUUAUGAAUUAUCCCAAAGAACAGCAGCUUUUAGAAAAGGCAGCUACUAUUGUAGCACAAUGGUAUCAACCUCAAAAAUGUAUCUUUUACUUUGAUAUUGAAGCAUCGCUGGAUAAUAUUGCACAGCAGGUAUUGGAGUACCUUAAAAAGGUACAUUGCGAGCAUCCAAUAUUCUCAGCAUCUGCUAAGCAAUUUUCUUAUUGGAAAUGUAAUAUCAAUGACGAUCAAUGGAGCAGAAAGGAAGAAAAGCAGAUAAUAAAUGUACUUCGAAUAGUUUUAUUUAACGAAUUAGGUUUCUGUGGAGCUUCAGUUUCAGACUCUAAUACAUUAAACCCCAAACCAGAGGACAGUCUUAUAGAUUGUGUUUUAGAAAGCAAAGUUGGUAAUGCUGCAUCUCUAGCAAUAAUAUUCCAGAGUAUAGCAAGAAGACUUGGCGUACGCUGUGAUCUCAUAUCUUUUCCUACUCACUUUUUUUUAAGUUGGAAGCCGAAAUCUGUUACAGAAAAGCCUGAAGACGAAGAAUGUUUCUAUAUUGAUAUCUUGCAUGGCGGAGCCAUUCGGGGCAGAAAUGAUUGUCCCAGAACUCGUGGUAGAAGAUGUCCCAUAGAAAGUUUCAAUAAACACAACGAAAUUAGUCCUAUAGAGGUAAUUAUUUAUAUAUCUUAUAUGCAGGAUAGCUAUAGCGAUAGAACAUCUAUGGAAACAAUUCGAGCAGAACAAAUGUUAAUGAGAUUUGAAAUGUAUAAUAACGUAAAUGCUAUGAAAACAUCUACAGAUAAUGUAAUCUUCCCAAAGAGCAGAUCGAGUAAAAUAAAAUUUGCGGUUGGAAUGAUUGUGACUUCUUUUAGAAGACAUAUUCCGAAUUAUACAGGCGUGAUAAUUGGAUGGGAUAAGAUAUAUAACUCUCAAUCAGGAAGAAAGUUAAAAAGUGAAGCUACUAUUACCGUGACGCAACCGUUUUACAUUAUUCUUAGUGAAGAUGGUAAUACGUAUUACGCUGCCGAAGGUACAAGAUUACUAGAUUACUAGAUGCGUUUUAUGUA